UCAACUCUAUUGCGAGAGCUUAAACAUCUUGUGUUAUUUAUUUAUUUGUAAUUUUUUUUUUUUUUUUUUAACGCCGGCAAAUUUGAUAAAAUAGAAAGUUUUAUAAAAGACACAAUUAUUUAGGUAUGAAAGUUUGAAGCCUAUUAUGCCUUUGAGGUGAAACGUUAAUUAAAUGUACAAUAAACAAAAAUAGAAAAAAAUUAAAAAAAAAAAUAGAAAAUGAGUCUACGAAGUUAAAGUGAAUCAUUUAAAAAGAGGAAACGUAAUUCUUUACUUUUCGUCAAAUAUUACACAAUGGCCGGCUCGUUUGACGUUUGGGAUUACGUGGUGUUAGUUAUAGUUCUGACAAUCUCGGCUGCUAUAGGUGUCUACUAUCGUUUAACGGGAGGUCAACAAAAAACCACCGCAGAAUAUUUGCUGGCUGAUCGAUCUAUGCCCGUAAUGCCUGUUGCGUUCAGUUUAAUGGCCAGUUUCAUGUCGGCUGUUACACUGCUGGGCGUCUCAAUGGAAAAUUAUCAGUAUGGCACUCAAUUUGUGAUAAUCAAUCUGGCUUACGUACUGGCCACGCCAGCUGCUGCGUACUUAAUUUUGCCGGUUUUCUAUCGAUUAAAAACGGCUAGUGUCUACGAGUACUUAGAGACGAGAUUCGGCUUUGCUACCCGUCUGUACGCCUCUCUGGCUUUUUCAUUACAAAUGAUUUUAUAUAUGGGCAUAGUUUUAUAUGCACCUGCCUUGGCCUUAGAAGCUGUAACCGGCUUAAAUCUGGUAUUCUCCAUAAUUGCAGUGGGAGUAGUGUGCACAUUCUAUGCAACUUUAGGAGGAAUGAAAGCUGUCUUGAUAACCGAUGUCUUUCAGUCUGUUCUAAUGUUUGCUUGCAUUUUUGCGGUGAUAAUAUGCGCUGGAAUUGAGGCUGGCGGCUUAGCACCCAUAUGGGAGACAGCACGAGAAGGAGGGCGCCUGGAAUUCUUCAAUUUUAGUGUUGAUCCUACCACUCGGCAUACCUGGUUUACUCAAAUAAUAGGCGGAGCGGCUACUUACCUUUCAAUAUACGGAGUAAAUCAGACGCAGGUUCAACGCCUUUUAGCGGUGCGAAGUUUACGCGAAUCAGCCAAAUCCCUUUGGUGGAGUAUGCCCAUUUUAAUCGUUCUGAGUCUAACUACAUGCUUCUCCGGCUUAUGCAUUUACUUUCACUACCAAAAUUGCGAUCCUUUACUGGAGGGCAGAAUAAAUUCAAGAGAUCAACUCUUACCACUAUUUGUAGUGGACACUAUGGGCCAUUUGCCAGGUAUGGCUGGACUAUUCGUAUCUGGUAUAUUUUCUGGCAGUUUAUCUACGAUAUCUUCCGCGAUUUCCUCCUUAGCAGCUGUAACUCUGGAAGACUACAUUAAACCUACUUUAACUUGGAGAAAACAUGGGCAACUUAAUGAUGAGAAAUAUGCCUAUUAUUCGAAAUUACUUUCUGUGAUAUAUGGAACGUUAUGCAUUGGUUUGGCUUUCCUAGCAGGUACGCUUGGCGGAGUUUUGCAAGCUUCUCUCUCCAUAUUUGGUAUUAUAGGCGGUCCUUUAUUGGGUCUUUUCACCCUCGGCAUGUAUAUUAAAUGGGCCAAUCAAAAAGGAGCUUUGGCUGGUUUGACCCUAAGUCUGGCUUUCUCAUUUUGGAUGGGGUUUGGCCAACCUAGGCCGCCUAUACCAACUUUACCCCUGAAUGCAGAUAAUUGUCCCGCUCAUAAGCUUACCCAUAUAGAAGAAAUCUUCCUACCACAAUUAAUUCCUUCCAAUAUGAAGCAAAAGGCAACAGAUCAGGAGACUGACUAUUUUUAUUUGUAUCGCAUUUCUUACAUGUGGUAUUCAGUGCUUGGCUUCCUGAUAACCUUUUUAAUGGGAUGUUUAUGCUCGUGGAUCUUUGAAAAAUUGCACUGGGAUAACAACGAUCGGAUUUAUACCGAUUGUACUCGAACAAUUAUCAAAUAUGAAUUGUUUGUGCCGCCCGUAGCCAAACGUUUACGGCAUCAUCAAAUGCCCACGGUGGUAAUUACAGCCACAAGUUCUGAAAUUAACAACGACUCUGUCACAUCUAGUAUGGACGGCAGAGAAUCACCACACCUUUCGAAAACAAUUAGAGAUAGUUUGAAGCAGAAUGAACCAGAAACAGUACAAGCGAAAGCAGUAACUAAUGGUGUUCGUGACCCCGAUAGCGGUAAAGGCAGUAUGGAUGUUUUAUCGGAAUUAGGUCAAGAUGAGAUUGCACGUACGCAUCUUUAGCAUUGUUAAUUAAGA